CCCUUUUCCGGUGAAAAGUGGGAUUUGCGUGGGUGCUGAGGUUAGGCCGGAAGUGGUUUGGGUAGGGAAUGUGGUGCGAGCUGGACCGCUGCUCGACCGGCUAGACGCGAGGCUCGUGCGCUGGGCUGGAGGUCAAGGAUGCAUUCCAAGAAAGUUCUAAAAAUAUUACCAGCUCCAACCUGUUAGUUCACCUAGCCAUGGAAAAUUUUAUUGGAUCCUCACUAGAUCAGACCAUAACUGGCACUUUUAAAAACUCUUCCCAUCAAAAAGUAUCAGGAAUGAAAAUCUAAGAUAUAUACCUGCUACUUCAAGACAGUUCUUGUACCAGCCAACAGUCUAGCAGAUAAGCUAGUUUCUUUGAUCAUCAAGCAGACAUACUCAAGCUACCAGCACAACAGAGGAAAAUGUCUCUAUAUCAAUGUUUUUCAUAUUAGGUGUGACACAGUGGUAGGUCAUGAAAUCAAUUCUGUGAGUCACAAUGAACAUUUUUUUAAAAAGAAAUAAAAUAUAUCAGGAUGCUUUGCAUGAAUCCUUUGCCAGAAUUGUGCACAUUGCAAGGAAUACUAAGGUCAGUUUCAGUAUGUGAAAAGAUAGUUCAUGUAGGGGAUAUGAUGAAUAGAAUGUAUAUUGGCCAAGAAAUGGUUUUUCAAUCAUUUGUCCACUGGUAUCUUGUUUGGUUUUCAUAAUAACAAGGUUGAUGUGCAGUCUAAUUUAUGUUGCCAUGACCUGCAACUAGAAGUGAAGUCUGAUGUUCAACCAAGAUGCAGUUACAAACUACAUUUUUUGGAAAGAUGUUAUCUAGGCUAUAGAUAUAUAUAUAUAUUUGAGUUAGUGGCAAUUACAACAUUUUAAUCAAAAUUACUUUUAAAAUGGAUCAUUUCGUUUUUAAAAGAAAAAGGAUUAAUGAAGUGAAAUAUGCAGAAGCAUGUUCAAGUUCAACUGUUGGAUCUGGCAGUGUGAAUAGUGACAGUAUUGAGAAAAAUAUUGACUCUAAUCUGCAAACUUCAACUUUGUUUGAGCCACAUUUCAAAAAGAAAAAAGUAAGUGCAAGACGUUAUAAUGAAGAUUAUUUAAAAUAUGGUUUUAUCAAAUGUGAAAAACCCUUUGAAAAGGACAGACCUCAGUGUGUUAUUUGUAAUAAUAUUCUUGCAAAUGAAAGCUUAAAACCUUCAAAGUUAAAAAGGCAUUUAGAAACUCAGCAUGCUGAACUUAUUGAUAAGCCUCUUGAAUAUUUUCAAAGAAAGAAAAAAGAUGUAAAGUUAUCAACACAAUUUCUUAGUUCUACUACUGUUAGCGAAAAAGCCUUAUUGUCAUCAUAUUUAGUUGCGUAUCGUGUGGCAAAAGAGAAAAUGGCUCACACAGCUGCUGAAAAAAUUAUUCUUCCAGCAUGUUUGGAUAUGGUGCGUACAAUUUUUGAUGAUAAAUCAGCUGAUAAAUUAAAAACUAUACCUAGUGAUAACACAAUAUCUCUUCGAAUUUGUACUAUUGCAGAACAUUUAGAAACAAUGCUUAUUACUCGCUUACAGUCUGGUGUAGAUUUUGCGAUCCAGCUUGAUGAAAGCACUGAUAUUGGAAGCUGCAUGACACUUUUAGUUUAUGUCAGAUAUGUAUGGCAAGAUGAUUUUAUGGAGGAUUUUUUGUGUUGUUUAAAUUUAACCUCACACCUAAGUGGAUUAAAUAUUUUUACAGAAUUAGAAAAGUGCAUUGUUGGUCAAUAUAAAUUAAACUGGAAAAACUGCAAAGGAAUUACAAGUGAUGGAACAGCAAACAUAACUGGAAAACAUAGCAGAGUAGUUAAAAAAUUGCUAGAAGUUACUAAUAAUGGAGCUGUGUGGAAUCAUUGUUUUAUACAUCGUGAAGCGUUAGCAUCCAGGGAAAUUCCACAGAAUCUCAUGGAAGUAUUGAAAAAUGCAGUAAAAGUUGUUAAUUUUAUUAAAGGAAGCUCACUAAAUAGCCGACUUCUUGAAAUAUUUUGUUCAGAGAUUGGAACUAACCAUGCCCACUUACUGUAUCAUACCAAAGUUCGUUGGUUGUCUCAUGGGAAGAUACUAAGCAGGGUUUAUGAAUUCAGGAAUGAAAUUCACAUUUUUCUCAUUGAAAAAAAAUCUCAUUUGGCAAGUAUUUUUGAAGAUGAUAUUUGGGUAACAAAAUUGGCAUAUUUAACUGAUAUUUUUGGUAUUCUGAAUGAACUGAGUUUAAAACUACAGGGGAAAAGCAGUGAUAUAUUUGAACAUGUCGAACGUAUCCAAGGAUUCCGAAAGACAUUAUUGUUAUGGGAAGCAAGGCUUAAAAGCAAUCAUCCUAGCUACUACAUGUUUCCAAGAUUUUUGCAACAUAUUGAAGAGAAUAUUAUUAAUGAAAACAUUUUGAAAGAAAUAAAGUUAGAGAUCUUGUUGCAUCUCACUUCUCUAUCCCAAACUUUUAAUCAUUUCUUUCCAGAAGAGAAAUUUGAAACAUUAAGGGGAAACUGUUGGGUAAAAGAUCCAUUUGCUUUUCGAAACCCAGAAUCAAUAGUUGAGUUAAACUUGGUGCCUGAAGAAGAGAAUGAGUUAUUGCAGCUUAGUUCUUCAUAUACAUUGAAGAAUGAUUAUGAAACACUAAGUUUAUCGGCGUUUUGGAUUAAGAUAAAGGAAGACUUUCCUUUGCUAAGUAGAAAGAGUGUCCUGCUAUUAUUACCAUUCACAACAACUAGUUUGUGUGAACUAGGGUUUUCAGUCUUAACCAAGUUAAAAACAAAGGAAAGAAAUGGAUUGAAUGGAACAGCAGAUAUGCGGGUAGCAUUGUCCUCCUGUGUUCCAGACUGGAAUGAACUUAUAAACAGGCAGGCACACCCAUCACAUUAAAUAAUUCUUACCUGAUUUUUGUUUUUGUGUUUCUUAUUUUGUGAUGUUUUUCUAUGUCAUGUUUAAAUGUAAAUAAAACAUUGUAAUGUGAUAAUUUUGGUAUGUUCUUAUUUUUGUUAUCUUUAAACAUUAAUAAAAUCAUAAUGUAUUUUUGUGUCCAUUGAGCUAAAAUUUAGUGAACUUCUAUUAGAGGGCAGGAGCUGUUGUAGAGACAUUUGGGAUACAAAAUGAAGAAAAAGAUUAUUCUCUAGUGGAGCUUACGUUCUGGCAAAGAGAGAGAGACAGUAUACAUAAUAAAUAAGCUUUAUAAUAUUUAGAAGAUAAUAAGUGCUAUAGAAAGAGUCAUAAGAAAGGAGGUUAGAGAUCUAUUUGGGGAUCAAAUCAUAAAGGGUCCUGUGACCAUUAUAGGGCCACUGGGUUUUUGUCAGUGAAAUGGAGAGCAAUUGAAGGGUUAUGAAGAGGAGAGAUGUGAUCUGAACCAGGUUUUAAAAGACUGCUAUUUUGAGAAUAGAUUGAAUUAAAUGUUAACUUCCCUAAAGAAGUCUUUCCUAACCACCUUAGUUGGUACAUCCUCCAUUGUUCUUCCUUUUCUCUCUUUGUACUAUAUAAUUUAAAAUAUUUUUUAUUUAUUUGAUUACUAGUUCUGUCAAUCUGAUGCCCUGGAAUGAAUGCUCCCUAGGAGCAGAGGUCAUAUCCAUCUUGCGUGAUACACAGUAGGGGUAUUUCAUAUAUAUUUGAUGAAGAACAAAUGGACCAAUGAUAUAUCUGUAACUUGAGGUCAUAUUCUCAGGAAUAAUUAUUAAGUGUGUAGCAAAUUUCUUUGCCUUUUUUUAUAUUUUAAAAUCUGAUUUUGUCAGAUAAUCUCUAUAAGCAUCCAAAAAUGGCAUUGAUGUUACUUCUCAUAUUGUUGCUGAAAACUGAAUGACUUAGAUUGCUUAGUAUAUCUUCAAACUAAUUUCAACUUCUGCCUCUCUACAUAUUCCGUGAUUUCAUGGGGCGAUGUUUCUUUUGGCAUGGUCUUUGUCUAAAAUCAUAUAGGUUAGCAAUUCCUUUCCAUCAGCCACACUUAGCAUUAUUGUAAUACUUGAUUUUUCAGAUUUUCUAUUCUAUUAAAGGUAAUAGAUUUUCCCUUUUUUGGUGCUUGGAAUAAAGUGUUGGAAGACAAUUCUGCAUGAAUAGCUCCCAUUUCUGCACUGUCUGGAUCCUCUGAAUGAAAAUAUUAGCAACCAAGUUAAGAAUACUUGUAUAAGGAGACAUUCCAGGAUAGUGAAGCUAGACACAUCUUCCCUAGAGACACCCCAGGGAAGUAAAGAUAAAGCCCUCUCCAUCCUCUCUCCAGAGACAUUUGCUUGUAUUCCAGGAAUAAUGAGUAAUCUCUCUGUAGGGGAGGAUGGGAAGAUGUACCAGCAGCCCCACAAAACCCUAGAGUCUCCUGGGGUGCAACCCACUGGAUGCAGAGGUAACACCUGGCUCAUAUCAAUAUGCUGUGGGAAUUGGGGCCUGGGGAACUGACACACAGUGCUUAUCUGGCUGCUUUCUUUUUUUGCUAUGAGUAAUAAACUGUGCCUGACGCAGA